UGGCUCCUGGUGGCCCUACUGCUGCUGUGUGUGGGCCCCGGCUCCUCCAUGCUCUCCAGUGUCCAGCUGGGUGCACUUGGCCAUGGUCAGUGUGAACGCACCCCUUGGGGCUCCUGUGGAGUGUCCUUAUGCCCUCAAAGGGUCUUGGGUGCCAGGGUGGCAGCAGGAGCUGGUUCAAGGAUGAAGAGGUUGCCUGCUGUGUGCGACCCCAUAGCACCAGGAGGAGGAUGGCAGACGGGGACAAGGGCUUCCCCCAGGAUCCACCAGACACAUCCCCGUCAGAAGGCACCAACCUCAACACACCCAACAGCCUGGGCGUCAGUGCCCUGUGUGCCAUCUGUGGAGACCGGGCCACAGGCAAGCACUACGGGGCCUCAAGUUGUGACGGCUGCAAGGGCUUCUUCCGGAGGAGUGUGAGGAAGAACCACAUGUAUUCCUGCAGAUUUAGCCGGCAGUGCGUGGUGGACAAAGACAAGAGGAACCAGUGUCGCUACUGCAGGCUCAAGAAGUGCUUCCGGGCCGGCAUGAAGAAGGAAGCUGUGCAAAAUGAACGAGACCGGAUCAGCACUCGAAGGUCAAGCUACGAAGACAGCAGCCUGCCCUCCAUCAAUGCGCUCCUGCAGGCUGAGGUCCUAUCCCAGCAGAUAACCUCCCCUGUCUCUGGGAUCAAUGGUGACAUUCGGGCAAAGAAAAUUGCCAACAUUGCAGACGUGUGCGAGUCCAUGAAGGAGCAGCUGCUGGUGCUGGUCGAGUGGGCCAAGUACAUCCCGGCUUUCUGCGAGCUCCCCCUAGAUGACCAGGUGGCCCUGCUCAGAGCCCAUGCUGGUGAGCACCUUCUGCUCGGAGCCACCAAGCGAUCCAUGGUGUUCAAGGACGUGCUGCUCCUAGGCAAUGACUACAUCGUCCCUCGGCACUGUCCAGAGCUGGCGGAGAUGAGCAGGGUAUCCAUUCGCAUCCUCGAUGAGCUCGUCCUACCCUUCCAGGAACUGCAGAUUGAUGACAACGAGUAUGCUUGCCUCAAAGCCAUCAUAUUCUUUGACCCAGAUGCCAAGGGGCUGAGCGACCCGGGGAAGAUCAAGAGGCUGCGGUCCCAGGUGCAGGUGAGCCUGGAGGACUACAUCAAUGACCGCCAGUAUGACUCACGCGGCCGGUUCGGGGAGCUGCUGCUGCUGCUGCCUACGCUACAGAGUGUCACCUGGCAGAUGAUCGAGCAGAUCCAGUUCAUCAAGCUCUUUGGCAUGGCCAAGAUCGACAACCUGCUACAGGAGAUGCUGCUGGGAGGGUCCUCCAGUGAAGCGCCCCAUGCACACCAUCCCCUGCACCCUCAUCUGAUGCAGGAACACAUGGGCACCAACGUCAUUGUUGCCAACACGAUGCCCGCUCACCUCAGCAAUGGACAGAUGUGUGAGUGGCCCCGACCCAGGGGGCAGGCAGCAACCCCUGAGACUCCACAGCCCUCCCCCCCUGGUGGCUCAGGGUCUGAACCUUACAAGCUCCUGCCAGGAGCCAUCGCCACGAUCGUCAAGCCUCCCUCCGCCAUCCCCCAGCCGACCAUCACCAAGCAAGAAGUCAUCUAGCAACCCGCUGGGGGUCGGGGGUUCUGCUGACUCAACCCAGCCCCUCAGAGAAUGCCUGGGCAUAACUUGACCACCACAACGGAAGGUGUGACACAGGGUCAGUCCCAGGGCAGCAGUGGAAAGGGUGCCUGGCCCCAGAACAUGGGCUGAUGGAGUGUCGCC